UUAAGACACUCUUCUCCUCGUCUUCGAGAAAAGAAAAUGCAUCCGUCCGCCUUCGCCUUCGUGUUGGUAACCCUGCUGUCGGUUUCUUUGGGUUUACCGCAAGAAGCUGCACCUGUUCCCCGGGCAUUAAUCGAACUGCGCAAGCCCCUCACGCAACUCGACAUGGAGACUCUGAGGGCUAACAUGAACUCACGCCCCAAGGUUGAGUUCUACGUCAAGUGCGUGACUGUUGGAGAACCGUGCGACAGGGUUGGCCACGCGCUCAAGAACCUCCUCGCCGCCGAAGCGUCCGGACCCACCAACUGCCGCGGGUGCACUGAGAGCGAGCUGGAACGAGUCCGCUUCGUGAUGGAUUCCCUGGAAAGAGAUCACAAGGACCUGGCGUGCGAGCUUCACAAGUCCAGGGAUAUCCCGAUAUUCCCUAAAAAUCCCUGCGUUUGAAGCACCAGAUCGCAAGGCAUCAUCACACAAGAGUAUUUUAAUUACAGUUUUAUUAAAGGAUUGACGAUGUGGCUUGUACAGAUUAUGUAGUAAAUGUUUAUCUCGAACGAA